GCAAUCAUGAUCCGGAGCAUGGGCGGAAGUUUAGAGGCGGAGUUUGAGAAGCAGAAGGCCCAGCGGAGGCGGCAGGAGCACAAGAACAUGGAGGACCAGAUGAGGAAGAACCGCAUCGACAGGGUGUUCCUGGACAAGGAGUACACGCACGUGGAGUGGAUGCGCAGGAGAAACCUACACGAGUACGACCUGGCCCAGGAGAAGAUCAUCGACCAGCUCGCCCGGAUCUACGCCAGACAGUGCCAAAUCGCCGAGGAGAAACUGGCGAAGAAGGAGGAGGAGGAAAGAAAUAAGAGACUACGAAUAGAGCAGAAGGCCAACGACAGGACGAAAACGAACACGAAGCGGCCUAAGACCACGGAUUCUGGGAGGUCCCGCCGGGCGCAGCUCACGUCACAGUUCUCCCGGACGUCCCUGGGUAGGCCGGCCACCAGCUCGUUCCCAAGGUCCCAGGGGCCCGCCGAGAGGGCGCAGACGCCAAUGUCGGAACCGAGGGUAUCACACAGGGGCAGUCUAAGCAAGGCCAUGCCUCCACGAAGCCAGAGCAGAGUCAGCUUUGCCCAGCCGCAGGGUCACCGAACGGCUUGGGGAGACGACGAUAGCGACAGGAUCUCGGAAAUUUCCGACGUGUCGUCCAGCUCCGACGAGACCCGACGCCCGCCGAUGAAGGUCGAAGUGCGGUCCCUCGCAACACCUGCGCAAAAUGGAGGAAAGAGCGGUAGCGUAGGACCCAGUGUACCUCCGGCAACCACCAUUUCUCAACCAAACCCUUUUCAGAAGAAGAGACUGGUCACACCUCCCACUAUCCUAGUGUUGCAUCAGAAACUAGACCUCUUUGAUGCCGGAGGGGACAAAAACCAGAAGAGCAGUAUGCACCGGCUGAGUCCUGCGGAACAGGACUUCAUACGGAAAAAGUACAGACAAAAACACGAGUGUCUCAUGCAGGAAAGACAAAGGCGACUGAAAGCCAGAGCUCAAAGCGCCCCACCGGCUGCUGUAGAAAGGAACAGAUUUGGUAGUGUGAGUAAAAUAGAAGAGCUAAAUCUAAAGAGUUCUUCUGAAAAGCCAUGGGUGGAGUACUGGAGGGAGAAACUUCUGAGCUAA